UACUUACCGAAGGUCCCUGAAAUUCAAAAGCUAGAAGACUAAAGACAGAAAGCAAGCACUAUUUUUAGAUUUAAUAAAGAGUAACUAAUCUAAGCUUAGUGAAGCACCACUGAAAGCUCAUAUAGAGCUGUAAGCACUUAUGAAUCAAAUAAUACAUUAUCUUACCAAAAAAUGUAACUAAUAUUUACAGUAAUAUUAAAUUAAGUACUAGACAUGGGCAACGCACUUGAGAGGGUAGGUAAGCAGAAUGAGGGCAAGACCUCUUUUGCCUGGUCGGUGAGCAUUCAAGCAACUUUAAAGACUUUUUGCAUGGUUUUUGAAUCAUGGCUGCAAGAGAUGGCACCUCUUUCUGCAUUUGAUAAUUUGAAACACUGUGCCUAAAGAUGAGGGGUGGCUCAAGCACGGACACAGAGAAGAUUGGGAAUCUCUAACAUAAAGUGCGGUGAUAAGAAAGCAGUGGAGGAUGAUACCCAAAAUAAAAAGAAAGCAGUGGAGGAAAGUCAUGGGAAACCAAAAUUAAAAAGCCUGCUUGCACAUGAAGUUGAGAACUUCUUUUCCCCUUGCUUACUGUUUUUAACACUAUACUUUGCACAGCUAAGAAUUCCACUACCACUCUCUUUAAUUCCCUCAGCAUCACCCAUAUCAAUUACCUCCACCUCCAGCGCUCUCCAACGCUACCACACUGCAAAGAAGCCCGCAACCUAAUAUAUAUGAGUGACAAAGCCACCCCAACUCUUUGAGAAGCCACACCACCAGCCAGAAAGCCACAUCACCAUGGCCGCCAUGGCCCGGAAGCUCAUAGUCGAGGUUGUGGAGGCUCGCAACCUCCUUCCCAAGGAUGGGAUGGGGACUUCGAGCCCGUUUGUCACGAUAGACUUUGAUGGGCAGCGGAAGAAGACUCGGACAAUCCUGCGCGACCUCAACCCUGUAUGGAAUGAGGUGCUGGGGUUCAAUGUCACCGGUGCCCUCGACGUGGCCAGUGAGCCGUUGGAGGCCAUCGUGUACCACGAUCAGAAAGUGGGGCCCAGCCGGAGGAACAAUUUCCUCGGGCGGGUCCGGCUAGACCCCCGGCAGUUUGUGAAGAAGGGUGAGGAGGCCCUCAUACACUUCCCGUUGGAGAAGAAGAGCUUCUUCGGCUGGAUCCGAGGCGACAUCGGCCUGAGAAUUUAUUAUGUCGAUGAACUCCUCCCUGAUCCGUCCCCACCUCCACCAGAUGCCGCUGCAAAUACUGGUGAGCCGGCAGCUCCGCCGCUGGCAGAAGGUGGAGAUCCAGCACCUCCGGUGCCGGAGGCCAAUGCUCCAGAAGCUGCACAGACUGGAGCACCGGCGGAACCUCCGAAGGAGACCGAGCCGGCACCUCCUGCAGAGCAAUCCUCUGAGGACGUUAAGCCAGGACCUGAAGUUCCGCCGCCACCGGCCUCCCCAGAAACUAAUGCCAAUGCCGAUACGCCAACAGAAUCGGACACUCCAGCAACAUCAUCGGAGAAUGGCAUGGAGCAUGCGGAAGCAACUGAUCAGGCCUCACAGACACAAGAAGCCGACUCGCCAUCUCCACCAGAAUCUGGUGCUGAAGCCCAACCACCCCCGCCACCAGCAGCGGAUGCAGAAAAAGAAGCCAUUCUCAAGUGGGUCCCGCAGCCACGGCAAGUAGAGCCACCGCUGGAGGCCAGGGAACGCUCCACCUUUGAUCUGGUGGACAAGAUGCAAUACCUGUUCGUCCGUGUCGUCCGUGCCCGGUCGCUUCCAGGCGGCGCUAAGCCCCACGUCAGGGUGGCGGCCUUCGGCCGGCACGUCAGCACCAGGACGGCGCGGAGGGCGGCCUUCUUCGAGUGGGAGCAGACGUUUGCCUUCGCUCGCGACCCCUUGGCUGACUCCUCCACUUUGGAGGUCUCUGUGUGGGACCUUCCGCCUGAAUCCGGCCUCAACGCCGAUGACGACAAGCACUUCCUCGGCGGCAUCUGCUUCGACGUGUCCGAGGUGCCCAUGCGGGACCCACCGGAUAGCCCACUGGCCCCACAAUGGUACCGCCUCGAGGGCGGCCGAGUCCGCGGCGCGGACCUAAUGGUCGCCACGUGGACAGGCACCCAGGCCGACGAGUCGUUCGCCAGCUCGUGGAAGGCCGACACGCCAGCCAGCCACGCCAGCUCCCGGUCGAAGGUCUACGUCUCCCCGAAGCUCUGGUACCUCCGGGCCACCGUCAUCGAGGCCCAAGACACCCUGACGGUGCAACCCAAGGAAUCCGGGAUCUCUGUCCGGGUGAGUUUAGCUUUUCAGGUGCUCAGGACCCGAAACGCCGUCAGUCGCAACGGCGCGCCGUCGUGGAACGAGGACUUAAUCUUCGUGGCGGCCGAACCAUUGGGGGAGGACCAAAAGCUAGUGCUCUCUCUCGAGAUCCGCCACGGGAAGGACACAGUCGUCGUCGGGACCGCCGAGAUCCCGCUUUCAUCGGUCGAGCGCCGCGUCGAUGACCGGAAGGUUGCCUCCCGGUGGCUGGACGUCCUCCCAGUCGAGGUGACAAGGAAGGGGAGGAAGAGCCGCCACAUGACCAGCAGCCGGCUGCACGUGCGGGUCUGUCUCGACGGGGGUUACCACGUGGCGGACGAGCCCCCGCAUUCAAGCAGCGACUUCCGGCCUUCGGCGAGGCAGCUGUGGCGGCCACCGGUCGGGUUGGUGGAGCUUGGGAUCAUCGGGUGCCGGGGGCUCCUCCCCAUGCGGACCGUCGACGGGAAGGGCUCCACCGACGCCUUCGCGGUCGCCAAAUAUGGACCCAAGUGGGCCCGCACCCGCACCAUGGCCGACAGCUUCGACCCAGCCUGGAAUGAGCAGUACACGUGGCCGGUCUACGACCCGUGCACCGUCCUCACCGUGGCCGUCUUCGAUGGCUCCAUGGACGCCGCAUGCCGCCCGAUGGGGAAGAUCCGGAUUCGGAUCUCCACGCUAGAGACCGACCGGGCCUACCGCGGCUCCUACCCGCUUCUCCUCGUCCUCCCCUCCGGGGUGAAGCGGAUGGGGGAGAUCGAGCUCGCCGUGCGGUUCACUCCGGCCCGAUCCACGCUGGACCUCCUCCACAUGUACGGGCAGCCGAUGCAGCCCCUGAUCCACCAUCUCCGCCCGAUCAGGGGGCCGCAGCGGGAGCCGCUGCGGCUGGCUGCAGCCAGCAUCAUCGCCGGCCACCUAUCCCGGUCGGAGCCGUCGCUGAAGAGGGAGGUGGUGAUGUGGAUGCUGGACGCGGCGGAGCCCCGGGGUUUCAGCAUGCGGAAGGUGCGGGCCAACUGGCACCGGAUAGUGGUGGCGCUGGGCUGGGUCGCCGACACGGCGCGAUGGGUGGAGGACACGCGGACAUGGCGGAACCCGACCUCGACGAUGCUGGCGCACGGGGUGCUGGUGCUGCUGGUUUGGUACCCGGAGCUGGCGGGGCCGACGCUGGCGCUCCAUGCGUUCGCCGUGGGCGCAUGGAGGUACCGGUGGCGGGCACGGGGCCCGGCGCCGCACCCGUGCGUGCGGUCUUCUCAGGCAGAGGGCGCGGACAGGGAGGAGAUCGAUGAGGAGAUGGACCCGGUGCCGAGCGUCAGAGGGACGGAGGUGGUGAGGGCGAGGUAUGACCGGCUGCGCGGGGUGGCGGCAAGGGUGCAGACGAUGCUCGGGGACGUGGCUGCGCAGGCGGAGCGUGUGCAGGCGCUGGUGACAUGGCGAGACCCGCGGGCAACAGGGAUCUUCGUGGCUCUGUGUUUCUUGGUGUCGAUGGUACUCUACUUGGUUCCGGUCAAGUUGGUGGCAGCAGUUGUGGGGUUCUACUAUCUGAGGCACCCCAUGUUUCGGGAUUGCAAGCCUCCGACGGCCAUCAACUUCUUCCGGAGGCUUCCCUCACUUUCGGAUCGCAUCAUCUAAAUAGAGCACGCUUAAAUUUCAAUGAUAGAAGACGUGGUCAGGGGUUGGCUACCCUUUUUUACCAAUCCAUGGUCUAUCUCAGCUAGAUAAUUUCAAGUUCGGUCAUUUAAUAAAAAACACUAUCGUAAUAUUGACCGUUGCUCGAGAUUAUCCGAAGCUUACCUCAUCUUUUCUUUGGUUGCUGCAGCUAAUGAACAAGAUCAACAAGAACUAAUAAGAACAAAGAACUGAAGAUACUGUCCGCCA